CUGAGAAAGCAUCGUGUUUUUCCCACGGCUGUCGGUGAAGUUUAAAAAGUUUACCUGAUGAAGGAAGAGGUGUGAAAAGUAUCGUACGGGAUUUAUAUUAAAUUUAUCGUAGAAGUUUUACUAUGGAAUCGGAUAUUUCUGAUGUCAGCGACGAGGAUAAAAUUUCUGACACAGACGAAAAAGUGGAAAAUUCGUCACCCCUCUUGACAGUUGAACCAUUUGAAGUUGUUCUGAAAGGUGGAAGCCCAUGGGGGUUUACUUUGAAGGGAGGGGUAGAAGUGCGCUCUCCCAUACAGAUAUCGGAGAUAAAGCCAGAGGGAAAGGCAGAUGUGAGUGCCACUUUAAGGCUUGGGGAUUAUGUGCUUGGUGUUAAUGAUGUAAAAUGUGUGUCACUGACCGAGGCGGUCCAGCUGAUCCAGAGUGCUUUCAGAACCCUCACGCUGCUGGUCUGGAGGUAA